AUGCAGGCCUACGUGCGGGAUGUAAGCAUACCGUUUAGUCGUGAACACUGUCGGCUUCGGGACUCCCGGAGAGUUGAAAGGGAGGAAAGAGGAGCUGGUGACUGGCGGCCGGUCCCCCUCACAGGUCUUUCUGGGGAAGGGGGGGGGGGGGCAGCGGAGACACAAUGGAGGUCUAUGGAGGACACACAGGCCGACACACAGGCCGACACACAGGCCGACAGACAGUUCAACGGGUCCUCUGAGCAGAUAAGCAGGAUGACAAACCAGUCGACAGCCAACCAGUCCAAAGCCAACAAGAAGGAGAAAGAGGAAAGCCAGCGAGAUGACAACACGGACGUCGUGUAUAAAGAUGCGGGCCACUGCAGCCGCAACAGCCACAACCUGCUGCUGGGACUCACCGUGUUGGGUGUGGUCAUGGGGGUGCUGUUCGGGAUGCUGCUGCGCUACAUGAAGGUGAAGGACGACUCCGUCCUCACUCUGAUUUCCUUCCCCGGAGAAAUCCUGAUGAGGAUGCUGAAGAUGCUCAUCCUGCCUCUGAUCAUCUCCAGCCUCAUCACAGGGCUGGCCGGGCUCGACGCCCGCUCCAGUGGCAGGAUGGGCAGCAGAGCCAUGGUGUACUACAUGACCACCACCGUGAUCGCCGCCAUCCUCGGGGUCAUCCUGGUGUUGGGGAUCCACCCGGGGAACCCCAAACUGAGGGGCGACUCGUCGACCUCGGCCCCGAAGAACCAGGAGGUCAACAGCAUGGACGCCUUCCUGGACCUGCUCAGGAACCUCUUCCCGGAGAACCUGGUGCAGUCCUGCUUCCAACAGGUUCAGACGGUGCUGAAAACGGUGCCGGUGGCGGCACCAAACCAAUCCGAGUCCAUCAUCGUGAGCCGGAAGAAACUGGAGUACAAAUGGGGCAUGAACGUCCUCGGCCUCAUCGGCUUCUUCAUCGCCUUCGGGAUCUGCAUGAGCCGGAUGGGCGAGCGGGGGAAGGUCAUGUGCGACUUCUUCAACAUCCUCAACGAGAUCAUCAUGACGAUGGUUUCCAUGAUCAUGUGGUACUCCCCCAUCGGCAUCGCCUCCCUGAUCGCGGGGAAGAUCGCGGCCAUCGGGAACCUGGAGGUGGUGGCCAGGCAGCUGGGCAUGUACAUGGUGACCGUCAUGGUGGGCCUGGUGAUCCACGGCGGCUUGAUCCUCCCCGCCAUAUUCUUCGCCAUCACCAGAAAAAACCCUUUUACUUUCUACCAGGGGAUCUUUCAGGCCUGGAUCACGGCUCUGGGCACUGCGAGCAGUGCAGGAACGUUGCCCGUCACCUUCCGCUGCCUGGAGGAGAAUCUGAAGAUCGAUAAGCGCGUGACUCGCUUCGUGCUGCCCAUCGGCGCCACCAUCAACAUGGACGGCACGGCGCUGUACGAGGCCGUGGCGGCCAUCUUCAUCGCCCAGAUGAACGACAUCUCCUUGGACACCGGGCAGAUCAUCACCGUCAGUCUGACUGCCACCCUGGCCAGUGUCGGAGCCGCCAGUAUUCCCAGUGCUGGACUGGUCACCAUGCUACUGAUCCUGACGGCCGUGGGGCUUCCCACUCAGGACAUCAGUCUGCUCAUCGCCGUCGACUGGCUGCUUGACCGAAUGCGUACCUCCAUCAACGUGGUGGGCGACUCAUUCGGCGCAGGCAUCGUGGACCACUUGUCGAAGGCCGAGCUCGCCGAACUCGACGCGGCGGAAAUGCAAAUGCUGCAGCCGGAGGAGCUGGACUUCAUCCCCCCGCCGCCGGUCCUCGAAGAGAUGAUGGACCUGAUCGACCCCUUCAAACCGCCCGAGCUGCCCCCCCGCUCCCCUCGCCCGCCCAAGCAAAACCACCACGGCCACGUCGUCUCCCAGUCCCGGUCCCACUCUCCGUCCCGCUCCGUCCGCUCCCCAUCUCCGCGCUCCGUGUGCUCCCACUCCCCGCGGCCGUUCCGCACUCAUUCACCGCGCAUCCUCCGCCGGACGGAGGCGGGCUACUGCGCCCUGCCCAGCCACGACAACCAGAUUCCCACAAUGCACCGCUCCCACAGGGAGAGAGACCGGGAACGGGAGCGUCUGAGGCGAGAGAGCGAAACCGAAGAGGAGGAGGAGAGAGAGAGGGCCCUGGGCGAAACGAGCGACGGCGAGGAGAGCGACGACACCGCUUACGACCGGAGGCAGGCCAUGCCGCCGGGCGACCUGCCGUGA